UCGUGGUGCCAUUUCUUUUCUUUUCUUCUUCCUCUUCUUUUUGUUGAAAUUGACUUCGAGUUCAACUCCCGUCUAUAUAUGGCCCUUCUUGUCGAUGAUAUCGCUCACAGUUGGGGGAGAGAGACACUAUUCUUCUGUGCUGCUUUUUUUGUUUUCGGGGCAAUACAGUACUUCAAUGGAAGCUUUUUCAACUUCAUGUACUAUUUUGGGGGCGAUAUCGACUGCUGUGAACAUUGUGCAAAAAUGUCUAGAGGCCAAAAACAUUUUCAAAAACCUCCCCUCCACCACCAAGAAUCUGCGUCGGUUGCUUGAAGACUUGGAACCAGGCAUGAAGACGAUGGAUUUCCCAGCUAUUGUAACUGAACUCAUGCAGAAGCUGAAGGACAUGAACGAAGCAAGCCAAGGGGUUGUGGACAAAAACAAACUCACUUGGUCGAAUUUCUGCUGUGUCCCGUGUUUUCUAAGCAAAUAUGAUGAAGCGUACCAGUCCGCCAAGAAUUUCUGCGCCAUUGAAAUGCAAGUGAUGAUGCUAACCUGUUUGAUGCGUAUUAAUUUUAAGCUUGGACAAACCAACGAAGUCGCCGACCAAGAGACUGAUAAUAGUAGCAGCGAAUCCGUGCUCCCCCAAAAUAGGGUCACGGUGAACUUGGUGGGUCAAUGUCAAACUAUGGACUGCUUGAAGUAUGGGCUGCUUCAUGACGAUCAGCAGGUCCUGAACUUGAUUGGUUUGACAGGAUCCGGAAAGACCACUUUGGCUGGAAAACUCUGUCAUGACGUUGCCGUCAAAGGUAGAUUCAAUGACAGCAUCAUCUUUGAGAAGUUGGGAUCGCAGAGUAAAAGCAAUGAAGCGUACAAGAAAUUGAAAGAAAAAUUGUCCAAUCGGGCAUAUCCGGUACUAUUGGUACUGGAUGAUGUUUGGACUGACUCUGGAAAUAUCAUUGAGAGGUUAACGGGUUCAAUACCACCAAAUUCUAAAAUCUUGGUGACUUCAAGAGGUCAAAUUACAACGCUUGGCACCACAUACCGCAUGGAAUCACUUUCUCCCGAAGAUGCGGAAACCCUUUUUUUUCACUUUGUUCGACAAAGAGACAUCGACUUUGGUGACCAUCGAAAACGUGACAUGCUUCGACAGUUAAAAAAAAAAAAACACACACACACACACACACACACACACAUCAGGAUUCUUUGAUUUGUCCGGAUGACCCAUGAGAUGUUGCAUAAAUAGGAUGUGUCAAAAGUCAGAACACAAUAAUUUCAUUUCAUCUUUACAGAGUUCUUUAUUAUUUGCUUUAAUGAUUUAGAGAUGUAUGGUUAGACAGAAAAAAUGAUAGGUACUAUGAGCAGGAAAUAAUUUGAUGCACAAAAGGAAGGAAAAGUCAUAAGCUUAACUAGCGUAACUGGUUGUAUCUGGUUCACUUAAAUGCAGAUCAUUGACGGCCGCAAGGGCUUAGCUUUGGCUAUUGAAUUGAUGGCUCUAGACCUCCAAAGGGAAAGUAAUUGUAUUGAAGGGUUUCAAACGGCGCAGUUAAAUUUGUCGCAAGGUGGCUCUAUUCUUGAUUCAAAUAAAGAAUUGCAAGCUCGUCUCCAAGAUUCCGUAGAUAAAUCCAACACGGAGUUUUUUAUGGACCUUGGGUUAUUCCCUGAAGAUCAAGAUAUCCCCAUCACUGCAUUAAUAGACAGUGGAUUGAACUGUAUGAACUAGAUGAACGUGGUAUAUCUGCUAUGAUCGCCAUCCACAAAUUAAUAGCCCUGGGUUUGGCUGCGAGGAUCAAAGUGCGAAGGACUGUUGGUAGCGAUCUGGACAAUUACUACAAUAACCACUUCCUCAUGCAGCAUGGUCUUCUCAGAGAGCUUGCCGUCCGUACAAGCAACAAGGAGCCAGUGGAGAACAAGAGAAGACUGAUCCUAGACAGAUCAUCAACGUCCUGAGUGGUGGUCUAAGCACAGAGUAGAUGCUCCUAUACUGUCAAUGUCAACUGAUCAAAACACUACUCCGGACUGGUUCAAAAAUAAUCAAGCAGCUGGUGCUGUGGUUCUGAUUUUGAAUCUUAAGACUAGAGAAUUCAAGUUGCCUGAAUCCAUUUAAAAGAUGAGAAACUUGAGGGUUCUUAUUCUCACCAAUUAUGGUGUGGAAUAUCACACGGAAUUGACAAGCCCAGGGCUGCUUGCUUCUCUAGGGAAACAGAGGAGAAUCAUACUGCAGCAGGUUUCACUUCCUUACCCGUGCAAACUGAAGUACGUGCACAAGUUAUCUCUUUACAUGUGUGAAGUGAGGGACGCUUUUGAAAACAACACUACGGAAUUCUCAAAAGCAAUGCCGAAUCUGGUGGAGCUGAACAUUGAUUAUUGCAAGGAUUUAGUGAGGUUGCCUGUUGGGUUUUGCAAUAUGAUCACCCUGAAGAAGCUCAGCAUCUGUAGUUGCCCCAAGUUUGUUGAACUUCCCCAAGAAAUUGGGAGGCUUGAGAAGUUGGAAUUGCUAAGAAUUAGUCACUGCGCUGAGUUUAAGGAGAUGCCGGAGUCAAUCACCAAGUUGACGAGUCUAACCUUUCUGGACAUCUCAUACUGCAUAUUGCUUGAGAAAUUACUAGACAACAUUGGAGAGCUGGCAAGACUAAAACAGCUAUAUAUGACGGAUUGUCCGGUAAAUGAAUUGCCAGGGUCGGUCGUAGAUAUGGAACAUUUAGAGAGUGUGAUAUGCGACGAACAUAGUUAUGUUCUUUGGAAAGUUAUCAAAUCUAAUGUCAACAGAGGACUGUACAUAAAGAAGGCCGCGGGCGAUGAAGACUUAAAUUUUCUUUCCUGAUGAUCCCUCCUCAGGCUUCAACCAUUGACUUUGAGUUCCCCAGAGCUGAUUUGUUAUUGGAGUCAUGUGGAAACAUUGCUUUCCCUGCUUUCGAUCGAUUGGCUUGUUGGUUUUGCUAUUGUUUUCUUGAUUGUUGUAGUUUGAACAAAUCAUUAUUGGUGCAGUAAACUUGUACAACAGGUUGCUCGUCGAGAGAGUCUGAUAUGCGAUCACCAUCCACAUCCUUCAAUUAAUGGUGCUUAAUUAAUACAUUCAAGUAAUCUUGAUUAUGGCACUAACAGUAGAGAAGGGUAAUGCUUAGUUCUUUGGUGAACUAGUUGUUGGAAUGGAGAAACGCCUUGCUUCUUUUGAAAGUUGCCCAAAGAAUGAAACUCCACCCCACCCUGAUAAUGAUCACUCGACCAAAAAAGUUAAGAUUAGGAAUGCAAGCGAUAGUAAAGAUGAUGCUAUGGAGGACGAUUGCAUUUCCUCUGAUGAAGAACCACAUAUUUCCAAGACUGUGUCUCCGGAGAUGUCCCAGAAACGCAAAACAUCACGGAAACUAUAAUGCUUGUUGAUGAAACAGAAUCGAGGAACACCAUAGUCCAAACAAUUGCCUCUAAAGCACAACCAAAUGCCACAGCUCCCUCAUUUAAGGACAAGCUUAUGAACGAUGGUAAGAAAGCUGAAGAUGAAGAUGACAUCAAGCUCGACAAAGAGGAUGUGUCUCUUGGAUUGAAUGAAGGAAUCCCCACAAUAACCUUCUCUGCUAGAGUCCGAGAAGUUUUAAACAAGAAAAUGAGUUUUGCAGUAGUAAUAAAACCUAGGUCAUUCAAUUAGAUAUCGUCAGCUAUGCUUGCAACUGUAAAAUGUCUGGCACCCCUCAGGUCAAUUCCAACUCACGAACCUUGAUGAAGGAUGCUUUACAGUAAAGUUCAAGGAGGAAAUUGAUUACCAGAAAGCUUUGCCCAAUGGCCCCUGGUUGGUAUAUGGUCACUAUUUAACUGUCUAACCAUGGACACCCUCAUUCAAACCUCAAGACCAUGUCAUUAAUCAAGUCAUUGGCUGAAUAAGGCUGCCUGGUCUACCAACUCGCUAUUAUCAUAAGAGUAUUAUUCGGUCCAUUGGCAGUAUUUUCAGCAAAGUUAUUAGAAUUGAUUAUAACACUAAUUUUGGUGAUCGUGGCAAGUUUGUGAGACUAGCAGCAAUUAUUGACCUUACCAAGCUACUUACUUCAAAGAUCAGAGUUGACGGUCAGACCAUUUAUGUGGAAUAUGAAAGCCUUCCAUUAAUUUGUUAUCACUGUGGACGAUAUGGUCAUUUACAAGAUAGUUGCCCGGAAAAAAUGGAGGUGUCAACAGAAGGCAUUCCAUCGCCAGUGGCGAGUGAACUGCAAGUGGUCCCUGAUAUGUGUGUAGGUACGAAAUAUGGAGAGUGGAUGCACGCCUCCAAGCCAAGGAAAAUGUACGACAGAAGUGGACGUAGAGAAGCAUAUAUCACAAGCAAAGGAAUUGCUACGUCCUCAAGGUUUGACGUCUUGAAUGUUGCUAUAGAAAUUGAGCAUCACAGCCACCAAGGGUAUGAAGCUAUUAGAAUGUGCCCCACUGGAGAAGCCACUACCUCACGAUAUAGACCAAAAGAGACAAAAGUUGCCCCAAAAUUAAUCCUAACCUGAGACCAAUUAUUGGUAAAGAGACUGUGCCUAGCAAGGACUGCAUAUUUAAUGAACUUAGCUAUAAGGCUAUGCAAGCUACCACAAGCCUCGACAAAGCCUAACACCAAGCAGUCAUUGUCCAAGAUGAUAGGAUCCCACAAAAAAGCCAAAAUAGCCCAAACAUUUUGCUGCUCUCAUCCUCCACACCUAAAAAUCCAGCCCAGUUUCGCAACAGUGAUCAGAUUGCUUUACUUAUUAAGCUACUUGAUCCAAUCACUGAACCAAGGGGUUUUAAUCUAACACCUAAAGUUAGAAUUAAAAACUUAGAGGAUGAGCACAAUGACUCUCGAACAGGGCCAUCUAUAUAUGCAAUGAAGGAGAUUGCUAAAGGUCUUCAUGCAGAAAAUGCUUAGGACGCCAAUGAUGAAGUUGUUGCCAUGCUAGUGGAAGGAGUAGAUUUUAACUCAAUUCCCGAGCAAUAAAUCUUUUAUGAUUAUGUCCAUUUUUGUUUGGAAUUGUUAAGGGGCCUCUAACAAAAGGUUCCCCUCUAUUACUAAAUCUUUUAUGUCUACUUACAAACCUAAAAUUUUUGUCUUUAUAGAAUCUAAAAUUUCAGGAGCUAAAGCUGAUAAAGUUAUCAAGAAACUUGGAUUUCAUUUCUCUCAUAGAAUGAAAGCUUCAGAUUUCUCUGGUGGAAUAUGGAUUCUCUGGACUGAUAAAGUGACCAUCAAUGUUAUCACUAAUCAUAUCCAGUUUAUUCACAUGGAAGUACGCUUUCUUAUUAAUGGUAGGAAUUUCUUCUUUUUAGUUGUAUAUGGCAGCCCACAAAGUCGCUAUCAGAAAUUCCUCUGGCAGGAUUUAUCCAAAUUGCCUCCUAACUCACACCAUC